GAUGAGUUCUGUGACGAAAGGCCCUAGAUGAAAUUGUAUUGAUGUUGUGUGUGGAUGGACUGGAUCUGGAUGCGGUUAUCUGCCUUCUUACGCUGUCAGACAGCUGAUUAUUCCACUAAGACAGUUGUUGAACAUCGACUACAAAUGAUCUGCUAUGUGUUGUUGUCGAUUUGAAGCGAGGACGCUCGAAGGAGGCAGGUCCAGGACACCAUGAGUCCUCCAGCUCUGCUCUGUUGUCACAGGAAAAUCUGGCUGCAUUCAGCAGCAGGAGGCAAAAGCAUCUCUUCUGACCACCCAAUUAUUAUCUUCUCCCGGAUGCUAUGGCAGGACGAGCACAAUGAAUAGAUACACCAACAUCAGACAGCUCGGGGAUGGCACCUACGGCUCCGUCGUCCUCGGCCGCAGUCUGGAGUCAGGAGAGCUAGUUGCCAUAAAGAGAAUGAAAAGAAAAUUCUACUCCUGGGAAGAAUGCAUGAACCUUCGUGAAGUCAAGUCCUUAAAGAAACUCAACCAUGCCAACGUGAUCAAACUCAAGGAAGUCAUUCGAGAAAAUGAUCACUUGUACUUUAUAUUUGAGUACAUGAAGGAGAAUCUAUAUCAGCUCAUGAAAGACAGGACUCGAUUGUUUCCUGAAUCUGCUGUGAGAAAUAUUAUGUUUCAGAUACUACAGGGGCUUGCGUUCAUUCAUAAACACGGUUUUUUUCACAGGGACAUGAAACCGGAGAAUCUUCUGUGCAUGGGCCCGGAGCUGGUGAAAAUAGCCGACUUUGGGCUUGCCCGGGAAAUUAGAUCUCGACCACCAUACACAGACUAUGUCUCCACCAGAUGGUACAGAGCCCCAGAGGUGCUCCUCAGAUCCACAUCCUACAACUCACCCAUAGACCAGUGGGCUAUCGGCUGCAUCAUGGCAGAGCUUUAUACCCUCAGGCCUCUUUUUCCAGGCUCCAGUGAAGUAGACACCAUAUUCAAAGUGUGCCAAGUCUUGGGUACACCAAAGAAGAAUGAUUGGCCGGAGGGAUUCCAUUUGGCGAGUGCUAUGAAUUUCCGUUGGCCUCAGUGCGUUCCCAGUAAUCUGAAGACUCUGAUCCCAAAUGCCAGCCCUGAAGCCAUUCAUCUGAUGACAGACCUGCUCCAGUGGGAUCCCAAGAAGAGACCAGCCUCUGCCCAGUCUCUCAGGUACUCGUACUUCCACGUGGGCCAGGCUCUGGGUACUCCUCAGCAGAUCCUGGAUCAGGGCCGGCCUCAGCCAGGCCUCGUGCCGCUGCAGGCCCCUUUACAGUCACAGCAGUCUCAGCAGCAGCAACCCCUGCUGCUGAAGCCGGUGCCCCCCUCCCAGCCUCCCCCCCCCAGCCAACACUGCUCCCCCUCCAGGCCCCUGCAGCAGAUCCAGCCCUCCGCUGUGUCUGCGGUGGCCCAGGCGGCAGCGUACCAGCGGCACACAGAGCUGGUCCGAGAGCAGCAACAGAAGCACAUCCUGAAGCAGGAGCAGAGCGGAGGAACGCCACAGAGCCAUCUCCCUUACAUCGUGGACAAGAGUCUCCAGAGCAAGCAAACGAGACAGGAGUCAGAAAAAGAACACCUACUGAGCUAUCAGGUGAAGCCUAAAGGGGGGCGGCGGCGCUGGGGCCACGGCACGGGACACCACAAGGGUGAAGACUGGGACGACUAUGAAGAGACGGAUCUGACAUCCAUAAGUAUUCUGGGAAAAACAAACUUCUCUGCAGAGCAGUCGAGGCAGGGGGAGGACUCACUGAGCAGAUAUGGAAACGUUUUGGAUUACAGUCGACCCAAUGGAAAGGAAGAUGCGCCUUUAAACCUGAACAAGAGUUCAGCCUAUCAGGAGCCUUCAAGAACCGCUUCUGCCAAACAACAUUACCUGAGGCAGUCAAGAUAUUUACCUGGUAUUAGCACAAAAAAGAACGUAGCCAUAAAUGCCAGUAAAGACUUUGCAGGAAGCCAUCUUUGGGGCAACAGCAGUAUUCCAUUUGGAGGGACUCUGCCGAGCAGAGGCGCUCACGGUACCAAUACAAUCCCAGGGGGAUACAUGCCAUCGUUUUACAAAAAAGACACGGGAUCUGCGGGUCACAGAGGACCUCAGGGUCCUUCAGUGGAAUCAACAGCAUCAAAUUAUGCAACAUGGCAGUCUGGCCGGAGUCCGAUGAACACCUCCACCAACGUGCCGUCACCCAACAAGAGCACCCCCGGUCUGCUGCCUCGCCCACCGACACAAACCAUCCACGGGCGAACGGAUUGGUCUGCCAAAUAUGGACACCGCUAGUGCCCUCACUUCAAACUCUUUCACCUCCAAAGAGUAGGCCUAGUUGUUUUAUAAUAUAAGUCUGUACAUACAUCUUACACAGCAAUAACUUUUAAUGUUUUUCAUUAUGUGUACUAUGAAUGUUGUGAGAUGUAAAAAUAUCUAUAUGUAUAUUUAAAUGCAAGCGGCCAAAGUUUGGGCCCAGAUUUGCUCCUCAGUGUUUCAUUUUGUAUUUCUGUAUUAAAGCUACAGAGGUCACAACUUCAGUUGUGUAUCAGAUGUAUCAUUGAAUGUUCACCAACCUGUAUACAUAAUAUGCAUAUUAUAAUUGUAUGGAAACUUCACUGUGACCUGUAUUUGGCUGCAACUAAUUACUUUGCCUUUGUACAGUUUGGUGUGUUUUCCUUUUUCCCUGCUGUUUUUUUAUGACGGUAGCCUUGUCAAUCAGGUUACUAUUAUUUGUGCAUUAUAUGUUUUUAAUAAAAUGUAAUGCCUUGCUCUAUUUUCAAUUAAACAAUGCAAAUGGUUGCCACAAUGUACAAUUCAGUUUUAUUUCUGAAUUAAAAUGAUCCAAGACAACACGUUAUACCCCCUUGGCCAAAGUGAGUGUGAUUAUUGAAUUGCCUGUUAUUGAAUAUAAUUAAACUGUUGACUG